CUGGUUAUAAACAUCCACUCUCAUGAUCUCACGAGGCUAGCCAUUUUAUUAUUAUGAAUGACCAAAUUAAUCAAAAUGGAUAAAACGAUCUUUAUCCGCCUUUUAGCUCCAAACCUGAUUAAAAAGGAUGAACACCUUUUUGUUUAUAAUUGUUUGAAUCGCCUUUUUGCUCAUAAAAAUUUAAUUCCUCCUGUAGAAAAUCAGCUUUGGUUAGGGUGCAAUGAUAUGUGGUUGCCAAGGGAAUAUUUUCCAAGUACGUACAUUGUAUUCUUAUAAUCAUGUUCUGGACCAAUAAUAUAUAUAGAAAAAGAGCAUGUUCAUGACUUCGUGCAUCAUUAUUUCAUCUAAAUGGUUUCAAAAUUACAAAGACCCUUUGUAGUAGUAGUAAAUUAUAAAGGCGGAUCACAUCAAGUCACAAAUAGCAUAAAAGAAUCAUCAACUUUAUAUGGUUUUGUUAUUUCUUUUGUACACUGUCCUUUUUUUUUCAUUUAUAAAUAUUGCAUAAUUUCAACUUACAAAACAUAAUCUUAAUCUUGUUAUUUAUAGACCACCGUCAGCACCACCGUCCACAUACAGCACUUCUCUAGUUUCUCUUCAUAUUUCCACACUCCAUUAAUUCUACUCACUUCAAUUUGAUUUCUUGGCCAAAGUGGCAAAUAAUCUUCUUCAAACUGAUGCAUUUUGAAUUCUAAAUUUAUUCAUUGAAAGCGUAUAGUUGAUUCUUCGUCAUUGAAACCGAUUAAUGGGCUACGGCAAGCUAGUAUCGGAGGGAGGAGAGUCAUCCUCCACCCGCCACCUCCAAUCAGAAGAAGAAGCCGCCACCGCCACGUCGGCAAAACCACGGCGAACCAAACUCAAGCCCAUCAUAAUUCUUGCCGCCGUCCUCAUCGUGGCCUCCGCCGUCUCGGCCGGAGUGGUGGUUAGCCUGAGGAACAAGUCAGCCAGCGGUAAUGGGGCCGACGGCGUCCACCGCAAGCCGUCACGGGCCAUUUCGCGCACGUGCAGCAAAACCCGGUUCCCAGCACUUUGCGUCGACUCGCUCGUCCAGUUUCCCGGCGCACUCACGGCCUCCGACAAGGACCUCGUUCACAUUACCGUUAACAUGACGUUGCAGCGCCUGGGGAAGGCGCUGUAUGACGUCACCGACAUCAGCAACCUGGUGAUGGACACCAGCUCCCGCUCCGCCUACGACGACUGCUUGGAGCUGCUGGCUGAUUCCGUUGACUUGUUAGCCAGAUCGUUGACCUCCGUUUCCCCCGUCUCCGGCGGCGGCGCUCGGGGAACCAGCGAGGAUGUCCGGACUUGGCUGAGCGCGGCUCUUACGAACCAGGACACGUGUACGGACGGAUUCGAUGAGGUGGGAGGCAGCAAAGUGAAGGACACAAUGUCGGCCAAAGUUAAGGACUUGUCGGAGCUCGUCAGCAAUUGUCUGGCUAUUUAUUCGGCUGCCGGUGGAGACGACGACUUCUCGGGAAUUCCGAUAGGAAACCGGAGGUUGUUGUCGUCGUCGGCGGCGGAGGAGGAAUUCCCGGGAUGGUUCUCGAAGAGGGACAGAAUGUUGUUGGAAUCACCGGUAUCGUCGAUUCAGGCGGACAUAAUCGUGUCCCAAGACGGGAACGGGACGGUGAAGACAAUCGCGGAAGCGAUCAAGAAGGCGCCGGAAUACAGUACCCGGAGGAUCAUAAUCUACGUGAGGGCAGGAAAGUAUGAAGAAGAUAAUCUGAAGGUUGGGAGGAAGAAGACCAACCUGAUGUUCAUUGGGGAUGGGAAGGGCAAAACGGUGAUUUCGGGAGGAAAAAGCAUUUAUGAUAAUGUAACAACUUUCCACACCGCGUCAUUCGGUAUAUAUUCAUAUUCUCUCCCCUCUUUUCUUCUUCUCUCUGUGCUACUACUUUUCACUGCUACUAUGUGUUCUUUUUGUACAUUUUGAUUUAACAGUCUUUUUUUUUUAUAUAAAAAAAUAUAAAUUAAACAGAAAAGAGAAAAGAAGAAGAUAAAAAGAGCAGCACAAAAGCACUUCGUAGUAUAAUUCCGUAUCUACGAUUCUACUUCAGUAUUUCUUUUUAGCCAUCAAUUUUCAGUGCAAUUGCAGCCACGUAGUAAUUUGUCGGCGCUUCUCUCUCUCUCUUUUUUUUUUUUUUUUUUCAGUUACCCACCACCGGGGGGAGAUUAGUCAAAUUACCCAUCAUUUGUCAUGAUCCAUCACAGAUUAGUUUGUUGGUUGAGGGGCAAUUAAUCAACUCCUUUCAUUUGAUAGCAAUUGAUGAUUUCCCUGUUAGUCUUACAGUCAUGAAAGCGUUGCUCCGGUUUUGGUUGGAUCCUCAAAAAUUAGUAUUUAGUACUCCGUUAUUAAUUUUGAGACGAAGAAAAUAAUAUUCUUUCUUCAUCCUUAGUUUACUCAGACUGGAACACAUAACAAUCACUUUAUGCUUGUCAAUCUGUUAGUUUAUAGUACUACCUCCGUCCCAAAAAAAUAGUCCACAUUGAGUUUUCAAAUUUAUACUAAAAAUAAUACAAAACUCAUAACUCAAUGUGGGCUGUUUUUGUGGGACGGAGGAAGUACUACUUAAUUAAGUUACGAGACUAUCUAAUUAACAGUUUUCCUCCCAUCGGCAUGAUUACCUUUUCAGUUUUCACUAAAAGUUAACAGGAGGCUAGAUUUGUCACUGUUGCAUUUCCAUUCUUUCCUGUUUUUUUUUUCUUUUUGCCUUUAAUUUGGUUGCCUUUUCUGGAAAGAAUAAAAAGGUUAGGCCUUAGAUUUGCAAAUUCUAUAUGAUUUGUGAAUGGAGUACUAACGCGUCUUAACUGUGAAAAGUUAACUGAUGUAAAGUACAUACAAGAUUGAUUGAACCAAUUCUUGCUAGUAAAUGUUCAUAAUUAACUCAAAAAGGGGAAGAUAUUCUCGUUUUGGCAAAAUGAAGGGAAAAAGGAAUUUCAUGGGUAGGCUCAUUCAUAUUUUUGGGAAUUUACUUCGUUGCAUUAAAACUGUUAUAAAGUGAGUUAUGCCGUGUCACUAAAGUGAUGCACUUAAUUCUGACUCCUCUUGAUUUUUUUUUUCUUGAUUGAGGAAGCACAGAACACAUAUUUGCAUUAACUUCCAACAUAGCACACCCUGUCUUUUGAUUCUUGUAUUUUAGUCCUCCACCUUUGGGUUCUUAAAUUGUGAUCACCCACCACCUCUGCACUAGAAUGUAAGGAUAGUGAAUUAGUGAUGUGACCCUCUACUACUAAGUUUGGUGGCCUCAAUUAAAAAGGAAAUGUAAGUGGGGCUUUCUCUAAUCUCCAUCCCUUGGUUAUGAAUGUGAUACUUAUACAUCCUCAACUUGCUUGCCUACAUGGGGCUUUUUGCAUUAUUGAGCGUGAGAAACUUCCUCGUUUGUUCAGUUUUUCCUGUCAUUAUAUCAAUGCUAGCUAGAUGCAACUCUUGUCUAGUACAACGAUUUGUAUUGUUGUCUACUACCAUAAGGAAAACAACGUCGCGUUAAGUUGACAGUCAGCGUAAAAUUUUAUGAUAAGAUGCUUCGUAUAACUUUGAUCCCCCUUACAUACUCUGUUACGCGGAUGCUAAUUAAUCACUGACUUCUUUAAAUUAAGUAGUCCUUCGAAUUCUAUUGGACAUUCUUAUAUUUUUUUGGACUAAAUCAGCAUUUUUUAUGUUUGUUUUUGAAAUGCAGCGGCUACAGGUGCUGGCUUCAUUGCCAGGGACAUCACAUUUGAAAACUGGGCGGGCCCUGGUAAACAUCAAGCCGUUGCUCUUCGAGUUGGCGCUGAUCACGCCGUGGUGUACCGUUGCAGCAUAAUUGGAUACCAAGACACCUUAUAUGUACACUCGCAGCGUCAAUUCUACAGGGAAUGCGACGUUUAUGGAACCGUAGAUUUCAUAUUUGGCAAUGCUGCAGUUGUUUUCCAGAACUGCAGCUUAUACGCCCGAAAACCAAUGCCCUCACAGAAAAACACUGUGACAGCCCAAAACAGAAAAGACCCGAAUCAAAACACCGGAAUCUCAAUCCAUGCCUGCAGGUUUUUGGCAACAUCUGAUCUUGAAGCAUCAAAAGGCAGCUUCCAAACGUAUCUAGGCCGCCCGUGGAAGUUGUAUUCAAGAACGGUUGUGAUGUUAUCAAACAUUGGGGAUCAUGUUCACCCAAGGGGAUGGCUGGAAUGGAAUGCAACAUUUGCACUUGAUACAUUGUACUAUGCUGAGUACAUGAAUUAUGGACCCGGGGCGGCCCUGGGACAGCGGGUUAAAUGGCCGGGCUAUCAUAUCUUGACCACCGCUGCAGAUGCCAGCAAGUUCACCGUUGGUCAGUUUAUCUAUGGAUCGUCGUGGCUGCCUUCCACUGGCGUUGCUUUCAUGGCUGGACUAUCGACCUGAAAAGGUGGAAAGGAUGUUCUCAACUCCAAAUUGUUAAUCAGAAGAAAGGAGGUUGAAUAUAUGUCCUGUUAAUUUGGAUGGUACAUAUAGUUGUUGUCUAUUUUUUGUUUUACAUAAUAAUUCAAUAAAUGUUACUGCUUAAAACCGAAGCUCUGUACGUGACUCUAAGUAAAGAUCAGAGAUCCAUAGGGGUAUACGUUCAGUUUAACAGCUCUUUGAGUUCACCAGUGGCCAAUUUACUGGUGAUUAAGGUAUAGGUAUAGCUUCUAAAGUAUUUUAUCAACUGUCGUUAGUACUAGUAUCCAAGUGUUUUUUUUAAAAAUCAAAUUCUUACCUUUUUCAUGUGGUAAUUCAGAUCUUCUGCUUCAUGCUGGAAUACUCGUGUUUUUUUUUCAUUCGUCACUUGUCUAACUUUAUUUCUGUAUCGAUCAAUACCAAUCAGUUGUCUGAUCAAACUUGGAUACCAAUCAACAGUAAUCCAUUGUUCAAAAGUAAUAAGAGUCCCGCGUCUUGUCGGUGACAUUGGAUUCUUCACAGUAUUUAAAAAUGCUAUAGUAGCUAAUUUUGUCCGAGUGGUGGGAAAUUUGCAUCGGUGGCAUGCUGUUCGAAAGGAAAAAGGAGUAAAUGCAUCAGAACAACUAAUGGAAGGGACUGUUCUGAGAGGAACCAUACUUUUAGUGUAGUAAAUUUAACAAGAAAACCGACAAAGAAUCAGCAUAUGGCACUUUUGUUAUUCAUAGUGAACUAGUGAUGUACUUUCUGUAUGCUCAAAAAUGUUUUCUGUUAUUGCUUAUCUUGUUAUUUUUUUAAGGCACUGUUUAUCUUAUUUCCUUGUGGAAAUUAGAAACCAAAAGGGAUAAAAACAGAAUACCAAAUGACAGAAAUGAAGAUUCAGGGGAUAGUUGUUUGUUUGAAAUAACUAGAUCAGGAUAUUGUCACCCAACACUUUGGUUUCGGAUAUUUAACAGCCAUAUGGGCAAGGGAUGGAGGACGACGGUAACAAUACUGUCACGGACAAAAUUUACAAGAUGGAUAAAGUGGCAAGAUGAGGGAACUGUUCGAUACCAGCUAGACACGAUUUGCAAUGCACAUACUCUAUUUCUACAGAUUUACUUGAUGGAAUUUGCUGACAGUUUAUCAAGAUAACCAUCCAUGAUCGCUGAUACCGCCUCCAUAAAUGCUGCUUCACUACUUCCAGGAAGCACGGCUUCCUGUGCUUCUCGAACGAUUUGCUCAAUGACUGCUUCCUUCUUCAACGUCUCUCUGCACAUGAUGCUUCCAAUAGCAAAUGGACUAAGCCCCCUCUCUGCACCUUUCUUCAGCAGCAUAGUUGAGAUGCGAAGAACUUGCGCGCAUUUAUGGGGAAGAUUCCAUCCAUAAAACUUCAGUAGCUCGAUAUCUUUCUCAGCAUCAAGAGACUUUAUGUAAGCAGUUGUCUCUGCAGAAUAUGGUUGGCGUGCUUGAGGCCAAUAGAGCCAGUCGAAGGUGCAGUCUUCAAACUGCAACAAAACAACUCUGAGAAACAGCUAAAAAAAAGCAAGGAAAUUUCUACAGGACAGAAGAAACAUAAGAGAAGCCAUAGACAAAUCAGCCAUCAAAACCACACCAAAGAAACAAAAUGUAUAAACAAUCAUCAUUAUCUUUGACAAUCUCAGCAUCAGGGCUUGAUUACAUUGUGUUAUUCCCAGCUACAAAUUGUCCAGAGUUGAGUAAUAAAAUACUGAACAUUGAAACAUUCUCUCUGUGUAAGCAUAAUUGGCUACGACUUGACAAUCAGUCUGUAAGGGGAAAUUCCCUGCUUGCAGACAGAUUACAGGCACCAUUCCAGUCAACAUGUAUUACAAGAAACAUCACCGAAACGAGCUCAUACCAUACAGGGCACAACAAAGAAAGAAAAAUUAAGUUUCACAGUUUCGAGUCUCAUAAAUUGUAAUAGGGAAAAUGACAGGAGCAAUUGAGCAACAACAGCGCAUGCUUACAUUUUCCGGCAAGCAGUAACCAUGAUCAAUUGGAAUGAGCCGGACUUGACCAUCCUCAACAUUUUUAUGAACCAGGAUGUUACCAGCAUGCCUAUCUGCAUUUGCCAACCUAAUGUCAAGCACAGAUAUCUUGUGAACUUCAUCAACUGGGAAAAGACGAGGUCCCAUAUCCUCACAGCUUCCACAGUUCUCCAUGAACAUUUGCAAGGAUCCAAUCUUAACAGUUUUUGGGUCAUAUCCAUUGGGAUAAUUGAAUUCCUUAUGCCUGCAUUUGACCAAUACUGUUGGGGGGACACCAGCAAAACCACUAUGUUCACCAUUUGGAGAAUCCAAGAUGUAUGCAGCAACUUCCCUUAAAGCCCCUUCGCCAACUCGUGUCCCUUUUUUCAAGCCUUCACCAUUGGCUGACAAGGGUAGCCCUCGAGGAUUGUUCACAGCCAUAGGCUCCUCGUCAAUUGGCUUAAAGACAGAGACAUACUUCUGACCAGAUGAAUCUUGCAUCAGAUAAGCACCACCUGCACCCUCACUCGAUCUAACUGGGGGGAUGCCUUGCUCCAGUCCAUUGUAAGUUUCAUUAAGAAGUUGAUUAAUAACUGUUGACAAUUCAGUAUUAGGAUUAACUACAACUGGUUCUAGAAUAAAUUCUUUCUCCAAAGAUUUACUUAAUGCAGCCUGAAGUUUCUCAGCCAGCAAAUCCUCCUCGGUUUUUCUAUCACCUACAGCAUCAGCCGUCCUAUUGUCAUCAAACUCUGAAGCAAUAAUAGAGACUUCAAAGUCGUUGUCCACAGGCUUGGCUCGAACUUUCACCGAUCGACGCACAAGAAAGUGAACAACAGCAACAUUACUUUUACAUAUAUCACUUAUGAGUCUCUGAUCUUCAAGUUCCUCACCGUUACAUAACAAUUCCUGAUCCUUAAGAUCAACAAAGCCUUUCCCUUUCUUAGCUAUUUGCUGUUUCACAUAUCCUACAUUCCUUUUCCUAUCAACAUGGAACUCAAACUCCUUCCCGCACACAGUUCGAACAGUGAUGGCCUGGAGAUCAGAUAGCCUAAGAACUAAAUGCAACACAUUUCCAUCAGUCACGCCAUAGUCCUGAACACUAGAAUUAUUCCUAGCUAAUUCUUUCCCAUCAAAGACAAGUUUCUGUCUCUUCACAUAGAAGCCAUUGUGUUUUUGAAUUCUAAGUUUUACACAAGCAAUAGAAUCAGAAUUUAGCACUCGCAUAGGAAUCACAGAGCCACCAACAGUAAGAAAAAUCAAGAUGGAAUCGUCCGACCACACGCCAUUCUUAUCAAAAGCAUGACCAGAGAAAUUCCAACAAUCUUCGUAUACAGGGCUAAGAGCCACACUGGCGAUCGACAUUGCAGCCCACAGAACCAACUAUUCCUUUUCACCUAAAUUAUACCCAAAAAAAAAAAAAAAAAAAAACCGUACCUUAGAUUAACCAGAAAAUUUGAUUUUUGAAUACUAUCAGCCUGACCAUAAAUACCUAGAAAAAUCUAAAAACCUAAUUAAAACCAAGGAACUAACAAAAUGCAGUCGACGAACAAUAAAUAAUUGAAAUGUAGCCCACAAGGAAAUGAAAUAAAGCAAAAAUGUCAAAAACCUAGAUAAAAAACCAGAAGCAAAUGGAGCAGUUGAACCAAAAACUCUUGUUAAAACUUCAAAGCAAACAGCAAUUCACUAUUACGAAAAUCCAAAAACUCAAUACAAUAAGCAAAAAUUACAGAGACGAAGCAGAAAUCAAAUGUCUUACCCGGUACAGUGGAAGGAACGCCAAACGAAAAAUUAAAAUAAAGUCUUGUUGAGUUUGCGAAGAAGAAACAGGGACCAAAAAUUAAAAAUUGAAGAAACGAAAAGGGGGAAAAAAAAAAACAAAUUCUAUCCAAAAUCCAUAUACAAAUCUUCCAUCUCCAUGACUGAUCAAUCUGAUCAGCGGCGGUAGGAUCGAAAUCCGCGAAACCUAGACAAGGAGAGAAGAAUUCACAGCAGGGAGGAGAGUGAAGGAGAAGACAGAAACGAAGACUGGUCCAAUGUCCUGUGCUGUGCUGUGCCGAAAGAGUUGAUCUGUCAGGUAGAUAUUUAUCUUUG